AUGUUAACCUUUUACCUGCAGGCGUUGUUGGGGCAGCGGGACCCCAAGCUCAAUAUCUCCUGGUUCUGCGGCGGUGUCCUUCUCAACCCUCGGUGGGUCCUCACUGCUCAACACUGCUUCCGAGACCGUAAAGCUGACGUCGUGCGUCUGGCAGAACACGACUUCAACAGUGACGAAGAUGGUGCCACUCCUGAGGACUUUAGUGUUGUUGAGACCGUCCUCCACCCUGACUACAACCCAUUCCAGGCCUACAACGACCUUGCCCUCCUCAAGCUCAAUCAGGAUGUUAACAUACAGAGUAACAAAAUGCCUGCGUGUCUGCCGUGGGGGAAUGAGAGUUCCACCAACAUUACGGGGCACAAUGUUAUUGUGACCGGAUGGGGCAACACCUUCUAUGGUGGGUCCCCCAGCUCCACACUGCAGGAGGUGGUGCUCACACUCUUCCCGUCGUCCAGAUGUGACCAGAGCUACUCCACCCUGGUGGACUACCCCUUCACCUGGCCUCGAGGGAUCAGGGAGGAGACGGCUUGUGCUGGAGACCCCAGCGGGGGUAAAGAUGCAUGUCAG